AUGAAGAAGUCUCGCUUGACACCGCCAGCCACGCCCUCGCGCGAAGCUCUCAAGCGGCUGGAGGAUGAGCUAGCCAAGGAACUGGAGCAGCUCAAGCAACAUGCUGAUGACUACCAAGAUGCGCAACGAAGCUGCCAUCCUGAGAUCCCUUCCUCCAGCCAUGCGCAUCGUAUGGAGCGAGAGGCCCUGCUCAAGCAGUUACGAUAUGUGGACCAGGUUCGUGAAACGCAACAGCAAGAUGCCCUCUUGGGUCACAUUCGUGAGGCUGCCCGACAACCGGCCUUGUCCAACGACAACGUCUUGAGCUUUGCAAACCAGGAACUGCUGCGACGCUGGACUGAGCAUGCUCCCAGCCUGCCCUCGCGCGUGCUGGCAACGGCCAGCCAGGAAGUAGCAAUGGCCGAGGGCCGCGCUGUCGAGCUGACGCGCAAAACAGCGGACAAAAGCCUGCUGCUGGAGGAUCUCAUUCCCGUGCUCACAGAAUACCAGCGCGAGUGUGAAGCACGGCGUCAUCUUGAUCGCUUCCUUGUACGCAUUCGUUGGCUGGCUCUCACCGAUCACGAUGUCAUCCGCGAUGCCAUGAUGGGUCGGACGCCGGUCACGCAACGCUACAUUCCGGGCAGCCUGGCCGAUCUCAUGGCUACCCGGGCUGGCUCCGCCAGUCGAGGUCGGCACAGUAGCCACGGGUUGAGCUUGACGGCAGCCAAUGGCGAUGACAACCCUCUUCUUCGGUCCACGAUGCCCUUGAACCAACCAAAUUAUGCCAACCACCAGUUGCGCCUUCGGUUCCUCGGGGACUUCUUUGCUCUCCAGUUCCGUCUCAGUGAAGCCCCCGCAGAUCAACUGCAGGCCUUCUAUCAGGCUCAACACCUCUUUCAGCGUCGCUUCACCGAACAAUGCAAUGAGGCUGCCCAUGAUCGGAUCUUGAUUGAUGCAGACAUUGGUUUCCACCGUGGCCCUCAACCUCAAGAAGAGCAUGCCCAGGAGAAGCGCACCGCACACCUGCUUUCGGUUGGCGAGGCCCUGGACGAAUUGCUCAAGAUGGAACUUGAGUUUGCUCUGCGCAACGACUAUGACUACGCGACUCUUCGCCUCCGUCAACGCGGCCAUGUUACUCGCAGCAGUGGCGGUUCAAAGUCUUUACAAGUCAGCAGUUUUGCUGACGGCGACGUUUUCACAGGUGGCUUGUGGCAGGACCUCUACUCGGCAGAACGUGGCGUUAACACGGCACCGACUCGCGUCCUGGCCCCGGUAACCGAAACGGAAGAGGAGGAAGAGGAUGCAAGUGGUAGCGGUUCCUCCAAGGACAAGACCAACCGCAAAGAUACACUGGCAGCCUAUCUUCUCCUACGCCAUGUUGCUGUGCGCGAGUGUCGCUCUCAGGUUGCAGCAUACCUAAAUUACUUUCAUUCAGUCCAGCGCACGCUGCAUCAUGAGCAUGCUCAGCUUCAGGCCACUCGCUCGGCCGAAUCGCGUCUAGAUCUUCUUAGUGGCGGCCAGGAAAUUGCACGGACGACGGGCGCUGACCCGUCCAAGCCCACGGGCACUGAUAACGAGACAGCACCCGGCUCUGAUAGCGAACUUAACAGCACGCCAGACACGGAUUCAGCCCCCGGGCCAGAAGCCAAGCCCAAGUUUGUGCGUGACCGCUAUAAAUGGCAUGGGAACUGCGUAGCGGUUCUUGACAGCAUGGGUGAUCCGCGGCAUUAUGCCGGUGCCCAAGCUGAGAUGGCCCGUCUCGAGCAUGAGCUCAUGUCGCUUGGCACGCAUUACUUGCAACGCUUAGCCAAAACAACAUACGCGUCUCAAGGCCAGCGCAAGCGUCAGCAGGCCGCCACGCGCCGAGCCAGCCGGCCACGGUCUGCAUCGGCCUCGUCAGUUUCUGCCGCAGCCGCUGAGGAGGAGCGCCGGGCUAGUGCAGCCGUAGACCUACAACUCUUUGGCAAUGGCACGGCGGAUCGAGCCGAGGUACUCUUUGACCUAUGGCUAUGGGAACUCAACUUUGUGCAAGAAAAACAACGCUUGUUGGCAGUUCUGCAUGCUGGCCUUGACUUGACCCGUGACGCGCGUCAACGGGCCUCUUUGGUGCAACAAAUGAUCAACGUGCUCCACGAACGACCAAAAUAUGAUCUAGAAGCCGACUACUUUGUAACAUCGUUCCACUUGAGCUGUGUAUCCUAUCGCCUGCGCCGGGAGCUGUAUCUUGGUGCCGUCACGGGCCUGCUGCAGCGUGACUCUGAUGCUAGCAUGGCAUGGUCCGCAGCGGGCCACAGCGUGCAAAUGUACAGCAUCGAUCAGCGCUUGGCUCUACCCAUGCCUGUGGUCGAUCUCUUUACCGUGCAUGCCUCUGUGGGCAACGUGGCUCACUUAGCCCCAGCCAUUGCCUUUGCUUUGCAAGAGGCGUCACGCACUCUACACCCCGUCUCCCAGAACCAGUUUUCGCGGCUCGAAGCAGCGCUCUUGUCUCAGGCCCUCACCGUCUGGGAACAAGAACAGGCGGCGCCCUACUUUGAGAAGGAGUGUAGCGUUGAUGUUGCAAGUCUAGCUCGUGCCCCAGUCGGCCGAGAUCCCAAAACGCUUGUUGAUCUUGUGAGGCGCGUAGCACGCAGUGAGCUGAGUCAGCUUGACAUGGAAGACCAGCUAGUCCGAGGGCAAGGGCUGGCUGCCGUGGCGCUGGAGACGUUGCGCUGCCGUUCCAUGCUGCUGACGCAACAGUAUGAAGGAAUUGUCCUCGCCAAGCUGCAUCGUCGUCUUGCGAGUCAGCUCAACGUCGGGGAGCACCACGCUUUUGUUCGACCCCUCACCUUUAUGGCUGCUGGCCACGCCAAGGCAGAAGAAGAAGACCCCUACGUGCCGAGCCACCAUGGACUGGCGUUAUUUGAGUUGGACGACGCGAUGGUCAACAACAUGGCGCUGGCUUCCGAGGAGCGCGUCUAUGAGCUGUUGACCAAAGCUGUGCAGCGGAGUAGCCGUGUUGGUACCACGGAUCAAAGUGGACACAGCUUCCAACCCCUUGCUGGACCGCUAGGGGAUUUGCAAGCCGCCAUGCAGGCCCAGAUCUCUCACACCGCCCUCCUAUCGACCGUGGUUGAUCACAUGGAGGCUUUUGGUGCCAUGGACGCGGCGCAAACUCAAGCUUGUCGUGACAAGAUUACGAGCAGCGUGGGAGAUACUGAAGCUGCACCGGCACAUGCCAUCGCCUCAGACAUGUGUGGAUUCGUCUCCAUCCAACUCAUCAAAACCCGUGCACGUGCUCAAAUGCACACUCAAUAUCUUCAAUUGCUGAGUACCCGCGACCCCUAUUUACUGCGCCGCGAGAUGGUCGCCAAGUUUAGUGAGCUGGUAGCCGACACGUGCGAAGACCUUGCUUUGCGCGUGCAAAUUGCCCGCUAUCUUCAGAGCCUACGGGGCCUGCUCAACGCAUUUCCCUCUACCCGAGACAACUAUUUCCUCGACGGAUCGCCAGAGCUGACAGCCCGCCGCCAAGCCACAACGGAAGCCUUGCUGCACGACAAAAGUGCGCCUUCAUCCAGCCUUCAGGCAAAGAUGUCGGCAGCCGAAGUCGACGAAGCGUUGGAGCGACAAAAGCGAACACCACUCAAGCUCUUGUCCGAGGAUGGCCAGCAAUUGUUGAAUCUAUGGUAUCUUCCUCAUCGUGCCGAAGUGGCGCACUUGUAUUCUAAUCUUCCAGUGACCCAACGCCGGCAUGCCUUGCAGCACUUGCUUGCGCUGUUGGCUCCCCUGCAUGAUAUUAUCAUGUUCUUGUGCGCGCACGCGCGGUUGGGAAGCUCGCAUGCGCGAUUGGGCACCUACGAUGUGGCUUUCCAGGGCGUUGGUGCGGACUGGGGUGGGGCAGAAGGCAUUGGCACAGAGUUGCGCAAGAUUAAGAGCGAAAUUGCUGGCCUCCGUGCACCCAACGAGCCUGCCUGCGUGACUGAAUUUCUGCGGCUCAAACGCAACAUGAUGUUUUUGGAGUGGGAUCUGACUGUGCGCUUUUACGUUCGCGAGACUUUUUUGGGUAUGCGAAAUCAACGCGCUUACGAUACUGUUACCAUCAACAUGGCGACUGGUCUCCCAGCACUCUCCAUGGCACGUCAGUGCGCCUCAGUUCUUCGCAAUCGGUUUCAUGGUCCGGCUCAGCUAUGCGCUUGGUUUGAGCUUGAGGCCAGGCAAGGCCCCUUCCUGCUGGGACAUCCUGCCUAUUCAGAAGUAGCAAAUCACAUGGAACUGUGCUUGGCCAAACUGUCAGAUAUGGAGCGCCACAAUGCCAAUGGCGAGGUGCUUGGAGUCAGCCUGCUGCUCGAGGACAUUAUCGAACAAGAGCUGCGAGAGAGUGACCACAAAGACAAGGCUGAAACCUACAAGGUGCUCCAGGACUUUCUCAUCAUGUCAAUCCGUCUUGAGCAGCUUCGCUUUGCAUGGGCACGCCUCACCCUCAAUCUAGACGUGAUGUCUCCCGAGACCCUGGCCCAAUUUUUGCCUCUUUACGACGCACAAGUCGUGGCCCCGGUGGUGACCAGCCUACGAGCGCUGGUUCUGGAACCGGCGCGUCCGAUGCUAGCGUUGGACAACUCACGGGCGAUCGACAUGGCCUAUACUAGACUGGGGCCUCAGGCCGAGCAGCUGCGGCUCGAAAAAAGGUCAAGAGCACAGCAGGUGGCAGAACUUGAGACCCAGAUUCGAUGUGCCCUUGUAUCCCGCUCGAUCAGCAAGGUGGCACGCGUACGCAAGCUAUUGCAGUUGAGCACGAGCGACACAGAGCAAAUUUUGCCCUACCAAGCCUGGGCCAAACUUCAGGUGCAGCGAGCUCCCGAGCGAAGUCGUCGUCAGCAUGAGCGGACCUUGCAAGUGCCGCAGCAUGUUGCACGCUUGGAGUUGAUCAACGAUUUUGCUGCGCGCUUGCUGCGCGAAGCACGCAUGGAUCAUGAUGACGGUACAGUCCAGCUACCGGCGCGCGUUUUGCGUGAUUCCCUGAAGCAGUUGGGCCAAGACAUGCAUUCUCGCGAGCGCGAGCGCUACAUGACAUUUAAUGAGUUGCACAAGGCCAUCGUAGCAGAGUUGAUUUCAGCCUUGGACCAAAGUGAGGCGGCUCGGCGUGAGGCUGUUCGCGCCAGCAAUCGCUCGGACUUGGAAAUUGCACAUGCGGUGGAGUGCGGCAUUGCUGAUCGUACUUACGACAUGGUCCACGAAAUCACGGCACUGCGUGCCACCGUUUCUCGGCUACGCGAUGAGCACCGCACGCAGGCUCGGGAUAUCAGGGAGAGUGUGAAGCGGGAUUACGACGACCUCGUCAACAAUCUGUUUUCCACGUCCUUUGCUCUGAAGAACCAAUUUGAAGAGUACCGCCUAAGUCUGCAUGAAGACGUGGUAGAGGGCUUGUCGGAAGUGCGCAGGACGGCGCUGCAGCGCAUGAAAUUAAUCUCUGUCGGCAAGCAUGAUGAAAAGUUUGAGGCUGGACUGAAAAAGGCCGACGACCUGCGUGAUGUGCAAAAUGCCAAUGCUAGUCUCACCGCCCUGGUACUCAAGAUGCGAACGAUGAAUGACUGGAAGCGGACGGGCUUGCGCUCGCACUACGGCAAGAAGGUUCACGAGGCCGCCAUGACAGCCAAUGCAAUGAAGCAGCAAUUGUGGGACACCCAGCUUAUCGCACAAGAGGCCAAGGCACAACGGCAACAUGAGGUGACAGCUUUGCGUGCGGAACUUUUGGCGGCCAAAAAAGGUCUUCAGAGUGCUCAAGCAGACUUGAAGCACGAGCGUGCGGCGCGCGAGGCGCUGGAGCAAUGGAAGGCCAGCAAGGUACAACUGAUCACAGCUGUGGAAAAACAAGCCAAGGUCUACAAUAAGCUGGACCUGGACGUGGAAAAGGUAGCGGACCAGCUGGAGGAGCAGAUGGACACCAUCGCUCAACUCCAUGCCGAGAUUGAUCGCCUGCAACGCGAAAGCCAGUUGCGCGAGUCCAAGCUUCGUCUUGAUAUCAAGGCCACCCAACAGCAAGCUGAGGAGGAUGACGCCAGCUUGGCUUCAGAACGGCGACCUUCGCGUCCCAUGUCGGCACCCCUUCGUCGCCGCUCCAGCCUACGCUCACCAUCGCCAUCAGGCAUGUCUACAACCUCGGAGCGCGCUCGCCCAACCCGUCCACAAACAACGCAAGCCGCGAUCUCGAGACCGCGGCCGCCCGUGUCACCCCGUAGUGGUACCAUUAGACGCAACACGAUUGUGGGACCGAUUCCCGAAGAUCGCGAGGGUUCAUGGGAGACUGUUGACUUGCGUUGGAACUUCCAACCAAUGCCACUCAACGAUGAACAUCCGAACCAGCACUUUUGCGACAAGUAUUACACUUUGACGGUUUUAACAUACAAAUUGAAUCUCUCUCUCUCUCUCUCUCUCUCUCUCUCUCUCUCUCGCUCUUUUGUUUUGCACACUGUAGCGCAGGCGGGAACGCCGCAAGGUGUUGGUGGUCACUCGAUCAAGUGGUUCAUGAUGACGGCCUUUCACGGUCUCGAGCUCGUGGCGGGCUUAUUGAGCGCCGUGGGGGCAGGAGCCGUAGUCUGGUGCUAUUACCGCUUCGACCGUCAACAUCCGGCACAAAUCAUCCUCACCGUGGCCGUGCUCGACUUUUUCUUGGCCCUCAAGUUUAUGAUCCGUGCCUGUGCCUUUCUCAGCGACUCCAAUGAGACGAACAGCCAUGCCGAAUCGCUGCAUAUAUUCCACGAUGGCUGUGCCCUGUCCAUUGCCUGGUCGGCCAUCUGUGAGACGGCCACCAUGGCCUGGAAUGCCAUCUGGUGCCUCAAUCUCAUGCUCCAGCUUGCCUCUCCAGCAGAGGAUACCCGUCGUCUCAUUCGAUCUUAUCACCUCUAUGCCUGGAGUAUGGUCGUAUUGAUGCUGGGUUUGCAGUUGGGCGCGACCGAUCGCACUGUAGAGAGGUCCGGGGACUAUCACUACUGUACCAUGACCCCUGGUGGUCUGAAGAACCACGUCCGCUUGAUCGAGUACAUCUUUGCCAUGCUUCAGGUCAUGAUUGCCCUCGUUUCGGCGGGCUAUGCGAUCUGGCGCCUGCGCCAGGGCGGCGAGGAGAGCCAUCGACUACUGUAUCAUCAUGUGGCCUAUGCCCUCGUCUUUGCCUUUUUGUGGGCCUUUGAGAAAAGCUUCAUUGUCAACAAUCGUCUCGGAAGCACCGGUCAUCAGAGCAUCGGUCUGCUCUGGCAAGCGCAGGGCUUCUUCGUGGCCCUCACACGACUGUCUGAACUGCGGGUAUUGAGCCGCCUCUUUAGCCGAAAGCAAAGCCAGUAUGAUUACAUUGAUUACACGGAAUCUUCAGUACAGGACUCACAAACAGGAAGCGGGAAUGGUGGGCAGCAAUGGGGCCCUUCUGCCACCGUGCGCUCCGAGGCGACGGACUUUUUGACUGGAACCUCCCACGAAAAGAAAAACAACAAGUUGUCUUUCACACAUGGUAGCGCUUCUCCCUCUCUCUCUCUCUCUCUCUCUCUCUCUCUCUCUCAAACCAAUUCAUUCUCUCUCUCUCUCUCUCUCUCUCUCUCUUUCUCAAACCGACCAAACCAAUUCAUUCUCUCUCUCUCUCUCUCUCUCUCUCGCUCUCUCUCUCUCUCGCUCUCUCUCUCUCUCGCUCUCUCUCACUCUGCAUUUGCAGAGGGACCGUCGAAAAGCUCGGAUGGCGACGUUGGAGGCUCAGGGCCAUUCCGGGACCCCUGCCAUUUUAAUCACCUCAACGGCGACACCAGCGACAUGGCCAAACCCAGCGACAGCGGCGGCAACUCGGCUUCUGAAGAAGAGGGCGAUUGGGUGACGCGCUGCAUCUGCACGUUUACACACAACGACGACUUUAUGGUCUGCUGUGAUAAAUGUGAAUGCUGGCAACACAUUGAUUGUCUCGAAUUCGACGCUGACCAUGUGCCAGACAAUUAUCUCUGCGACCAAUGUCGACCCCGCCCGCUGGAAGUCUUCAAAGCCAUAUCGGCACAGGCAGACAAGAGCCGAGAACUGGCACGCGCAGAGCGUCGGUCGGGCCGUGGCAAAAAGUUUGUCUUUUGUGAAGCCGCCGUCUUAGGUGACUUGCAAGAAGCCGACCUCGAAUACAAAUCCGACAACCAGAGCCACUGCACGGAUGAGGUCAAAGCGGUAAUCGAUGCGGCUGUGCCGCUGGAAAAACUACCAGACCUGCUCGCUUGGUGUCAAGAUGCCUCACUGCACCCAGCCCUCACAAGUCUGGAGAUUGCCAAGAAUCGACCGGCCAUCUUUGUAAACCAAGCGGUGGCCAAGGACAUGCCCUUGCUCGAAUUUUGUGGCAAUGUCGUCACCACUGACAGCUUGGAACUUGAGGCACCCGUGACAGAGGCUCCACAGCCGUUCAUCUGGUUUGCCAAAUCCAUGCCCGUAUGCAUCGAUGCUCGAGUACUGGGCAAUGAAUCGCGUUUUUUGCGGCGCUCCUGUCACCCUUCGGCGGCUGUCAAGCUGUGUCGCUCUGGCUCGCGUCACUGCUUUGUUGUCACGGCCUUGCGUGCGCUUGGCAAGGGUACUGAAAUAACCAUUGCCUUUGACGUCGACCCGGCCAAGUGCUCGUUUUUCCCGGUCUGUGCCUGUGGCCGCAGCGAUUGUCAAGUCAAUUUACGGUUGCGACAACACCAGCGACAGCGCUGGAAGGCAGAACGCAAGCAAAAGGAGAAGGAAAAGCAACAACACCAGUUACAGAUUCAGCAAGUCGUUCAAAAAGCGCCUGGCGAAGCGACGCCCGAAGCACGCAGGCCCUCCGGUUCAUCGUCAGCCGCCAAUUCUCCUUUGGUACAAAAUCCAAGCUCAAACAGCAAAAUGACCCGUGAAGAGCGCAAGAUGGCAGCCAUCAUGGCCCGAUUUGCACAAAUGGAGCAAGAGCAGCUCGGCGAGCCCGGCAGUGUCGAACUCAUGCGCUCGCCAGCACCGAUGAUGCCACUGACGCCCAAUGCAACACAAAAGCGCCGCUCCUCAGCGGACAGCCCGUCGGGCUCGAAAAAGUCCAAGCAGCCACAGCAGCAACAUGACUUGGCGGUCAGCGGGCAACACGCAUCUCAACAGCAGUCACAGCAUUCCAAGCGAACCCGAAACGCAGCCUCUCCCCGGCCCAGCUCCAACAAAUUGCGUCCGUCUAGCAUUGCAGACAUCUUGCAUGCGCCGCUGGAUAGUAGCCCGCUUAACCCGUAUAGCAGUUCCAAUCGCCGGCGCAGCGGGAACAUGACGGUACCACGCUACCGUCUUGGUCAAGCAUCACAAGCACCCAUCGCACAGCACAACCAGGCCGCUCAACUCGCCAUUGAUGAGAUGCUGUACUCUGGAAUCAAGGGCGUGCUGAACAAGUGGCAACACCCAUUACGCUACGUGGACCCCAAUCGUGGCCAAGUGGUGGUGGCCAAGUUUCCCGAGGCAGAGCCAGCUGGUGCACCAGGCACAGAAGACGCAAAGCAGACAUCAGCCAAGGGCACGGUGUCAGCCGCCUCUACCUCAAGCCCUCUACCCUGGCACAAGCAGCGGUUGCACGAGUGGUGCCAGAGCCAAGCCAAGCCGGCGACUGCCAAAGAGACGCCCGCGGACAGCAGCGCCGAGCAACCGACUCAACGUGAUGAAGCGCCCCCAGAAUCUAGCGGCGAAAGCGGAAUGCAACCGACGAGCUCGGCUAUAAGCACAGCCCCGAAAAUCAACGACACGAUCGCCAGAACGGCGGCUGAAGCAGCCACAGCAGAGGCAGGGGUUGAGGGCAAUACAGCCGUGCUGCCCGGCACUGCGAGCCCCGCUGUGCCAUCUUUGGCCACCUCUACGCCAACGGAUUCAAUGCCAGGUGUGGGCGAAAGUAGAGCGGUCAAAAAUGAGCCUGUUGCAGGACCCUCUGCUGUUGCCGACGUGCCUUCCCAAGGACCAGCUCGCACAGACUCCACGGAACAGGACACUGCCAAGGGCUCGGAGGAAGAGUCCCUCGCUUCACCGUCUCCAGCCCCAAAGAAGAAGAAAAUGUCUCUGGGCGAGUACCUCAAGCGGCGCCGAGAGAGUAGCGCUCCAAACAAGGAUGGCUAG